UAGACCGAAAUAGUUACCGAUAAUAAAACAAUAAAACUGAAUAGCCUGGGAAAUCGAAACUUUACAAAUAUACAUGAAGCCUGAUUUUUUCCAGCCCAAGGAACAAAAUGGAUUCACUAAGGGUAACUUUAUCAAUAAUUUUGAUAUCAGGUGUUAAAGGUGUACUUAUCCAAACAAAUGAUGUAACACUCGAUGUGAACUCCUUCGACAUUAGAUGCAGCCCUGCCAAUAGUGAGAUGUUAUUACACGUUAAUUCUUUCACCUUACACAGAAAUGGAACACCUGUCGCUCUGGUGACUUAUAACCGAACAUCUAAGAGUUCCAAUCUGAUCAUACCUGACGUCACUGACAACAGAUUCAGGUAUAAUUUGACUGGGAAUGUUCACGACGAAAACCCUGCCAAUAAGUUCCUGAGGGUAGUUGUCCCUGCUAACCUGACCAGAUGUAGAGACGCAGGUAAUUACACGUGUGUCCUGAAUGGGCGGACUUCUGACGAUAGCUCCAACUAUGUCGACCAGGCUUCCAGAUAUGUACGAGUGAAAACUACUGCGACAGCUAUGGAUGAAAUCUUUACACCACCAACAAACGACAACAUGUUAGAUCCCUCGGGAGGAGGAAGAUUCCUCAUUGGAACAACAUAUCGGUUCACAUGUACCGGAAUUGUUGGCAAUCCUCCGGUGAGCUUGCGCUGGUGUUACAAACAGAGCGGAGAGGGCGGGUUUGCUCCCUUACUAGCGUACACAGCUGAAAUAUCUGAAUCAGAACCAGAAGUCUAUCAGGAUUGUAACUACAAGAGACAGUCAUUCCUUAAUUACACCAUGACAACACAGGACGUGAACACUGUUCUCUUGUGUGAACCGGAGAGCAGCAUGUUCUUCUGUGGUAAUGGCGCCCUGAACAAAACAUUUGUGGUACGAGCCUUCCCACGAAACAGUGGGACGCUCAAUGAUGCUGUUCGCUGUCAAAUAUCAAGUAGUAUUUUUAUGAUGUUUAUUUUCAGUGUCGUAAAUAUUCUAUGAGUA